ACUUUGAAAUCAACACUCGCUAUUGAAUCAUACGACUGGUAAAGAUCCUUUCUUCUGCAAACCAGAGCUCCAUUUUAUUUCUCCAAUUCUUCCACAAUCAAAGAAGUUAAUAGCAAAAGAAGCAGACGAUUUUUUAAAAAAAAGAUAUUCUAUAAAAGAUAACCAUGAAAUCUGUAAUGAUGAUAAUACUGGUUCUGAUUUUAGCAGCAUUAGUUAAUUCGCAAGAGGAUGUUGGUCCUGAUGGACCUGUAGACCCUGAGGGUCUUCCGGAAAGACCCUUUGGACAUGGUGGUCUUAGAGGCCCGGGUGGGAAACAUGGCAUUCCACCUCCACCUCAUCCAAUAAGCAUUCUAGAACUGUUUCCAGGAUGUGCAAAUAUGGCUCAAGCUAUGAGAGAGGCACAUAAAGAAAUGAUGCGAGAUCACAAAAUAGGCCCGAGAAGCUGCCGUGGAAGUGAUGAUUUUCAUGCAUGUUGGCGCAGAAGCAUGGAAACUAUCCGAUGUGAAAUUACUGAAAAACCUUCAGGUGACUGCAUGGACCAACUCAACGCUUUCAUGCAAGGAAACGUCUGCAGCUCAGCAAGUGCAGAAAGGUCGUCUUUGGAUGAUUGAAAUGGCACCUCAGCAUGAAGAUAAUAUUAUCAUCGUGCGGUCUUAAUGUUAGU